GAGGAGGAAGAGGAGCAGCGGCUCUGCCGGAGCCUCUCAGCCGUCUUCAGUCGUCUCUCUCCUGCGGGACACAUGGGGUCAGUGCGGGGCUGUGCGGGUUCACUGUGACGGAUGAGCGACGAGGACGCGGACGCACGAACACCCCGAUGAGAGCGCGCGCUAAUUAGGAAAACCUGGUCGAGCAAUUAAGCGCGAGGAGGAGGAGACGUCGACGCACGAGCUGCGGUGAAGCUCGGUCCGCUCCGCGCGCCUCAGAGAAGCGAGUGUUACGCGCAGAGCUUGGUUUUCUCCGCGGGACGAGGCUGGAGCAGUGCGCACAACCGGUUGAUCUCGCCCCCCCCCUCACCUCGGCACCAUGAGCUGGAGCUUCCUCACCCGUCUGCUGGACGAGAUCUCCAACCACUCCACCUUCGUGGGGAAGAUCUGGCUGACGGUGCUCAUCGUGUUCCGCAUCGUGCUGACGGCGGUCGGCGGUGAAACCAUCUACUACGAUGAGCAGAGUAAAUUCGUGUGCAACACGCAGCAGCCCGGGUGUGAGAACGUGUGCUACGACGCCUUCGCGCCGCUGUCACACGUUCGAUUCUGGAUCUUUCAGGUCAUCAUGAUCACCACCCCGACCAUCAUGUACCUGGGAUUCGCCAUGCACAAGAUCGCCCGCAUGGACGACAGCGAGUACCGGCCCAGCUGCGGCCCGAGGAAGAGGAGGAUGCCCAUCGUCAGCCGAGGAGCCGUCCGCGACUACGAGGAGGCGGAGGACAACGGGGAGGAGGACCCGAUGAUCGCCGAGGAGAUCGAACCCGACAAACCCGACAAACCAGAGAAAACUGCAGAGAAGAAGCACGACGGCCGGCGGAGGAUCAGCCGGGACGGCCUGAUGAAGGUCUACAUCUGCCAGCUGCUGUGGCGCUCGUCCUUCGAGGUGGGCUUCCUGUUCGGUCAGUACAUCCUGUACGGCUUCGAGGUGAUCCCCUCCUACGUGUGCACCCGCUCCCCGUGCCCGCACACCGUGGACUGCUUCGUGUCGCGCCCCACGGAGAAGACCAUCUUCCUGCUGGUGAUGUACGUGGUGUCCUUCCUCUGCCUGCUCCUCACCCUCCUGGAAAUCCUCCACCUGGGGAUCGGCGGGAUCCGCGACAGCUUCCGCCGGCGGGCCACCCUCAACCCCCGAGCCUCGCUGCCGCUCUCCUCGGGCUCCCUGCCCACGGCGCCGCCAGGAUACCACGCCACCAUGAAGAAGGAGAAACUAAAAAAAGCCUUGAGGCAUUCGCCCAUUGCCGACUCCGGGAGGGAGAGUUUCGGGGACGUGGCGAGCACGUCCCGGGAGCUGGAGCGGCUGAGGAGGCACCUGAAGCUGGCCCACCAGCACCUGGACCUGGCCUACCAGGCGGAGGAGGGCAGCCCGUCACGGAGCAGCAGCCCGGAGGUCAACGUGCCGGCACAGAGCGCCGCCGAGCAGAACCGCCUCAACUUCGCCCAGGAGAAGCAGGGAGAGGCCAGCGAGAAAGGAAUACAUGCCUGAGCGUGCUGCCUGCCUCAAACGUCUGUUCCUCCAUUCCUACUGGCCUUAAACACAUGGGGGAAGCACAUAUGGGAAUGCAGUCAGACCACUGAGGGAGACCAAAGUGUGUGUGUGUGUCUGUUUGUUUGUUUGUUUGUUUGUUUGUUUGUGUGUGUGUGCGUGGAUGAGAGAAUUGAGCCUUUCAGUAUUAGGGGUCAGUCCAAAAGAAAGAGAGAGAGGGAGAACCGCUGACCCAGCUGUGUUGUGACAAAUGCUUCAUCUCCACGACUGUAAACUUGAACGCCUGCCACAUCUCCGCCCCCCCGCCCCCCCCCCCCCCCCCCC